GAAGAGGCGGGCGCAGCCGCGGCCAUGCAGGUCUCCAGCCUCAACGAGGUGAAGAUCUACAGCCUGAGCGCCGGCAGGAGCCUCCCGGAGUGGCUCUCUGACAGGAAGAAAAGAGCUUUACAGAAGAAAGAUGUGGAUAUCCGUAGAAGAAUUGAACUUAUUCAAGACUUUGAAAUGCCCACGGUUAGCACAAAGAUUAAGGUAUCAAGAGAUGGACAGUAUAUUAUGGCAGUUGGAACUUACAAGCCCAGGGUCCGCUGUUUUGAUACCUAUCAGUUAUCCCAGAAAUUUGAAAGAUGCUUAGAUUCCGAAGUGAUUACAUUUGAGAUAUUAUCAGAUGAUUACUCAAAGAUUGUCUUCUUGCAGUGUGGCAGAUUUGUGGAGUUUCAUUCACAACAUGGCCAUUACUACAAGACAAGAAUUCCAAAAUUUGGUAGAGAUUUCUCUUACCAUUACCCAUCGUGUGACCUGUAUUUUGUGGGAGCAAGCUCUGAAGUGUACAGGCUAAAUCUGGAACAAGGAAGAUUUCUGAACUCCCUGCAAACUGAAGCUUCAGAGAGUAAUGUCUGUGACAUAAAUCCGGUGCACUUCUUGUUUGCUAUGGGGACAGCUGAGGGGAAAGUGGAAUGCUGGGAUCCUAGAACGAGAAAUCGAGUUGGGCUGUUGGACUGUGCUUUAAGCAGUGUGACAGCAGACACAGAGAUAGAAGGUUUGCCAUCCAUUUCAGCACUGAAAUUUGAUGGGGCUUUGAAUAUGGCUGUUGGAACAUCUACUGGGCAGGUCCUAUUGUAUGAUCUCCGGUCUAGUAAUCCAUUAAUAGUCAAAGAUCACCACUAUGGCCUGCCUAUUAAAUCAAUUCAGUUUCAGCAUCAGUUGGAUUUAAUUAUUUCUGCAGAUUCUCGAAUCAUAAAAAUGUGGAACAAAGAUACAGGAAAGAUAUUUACUUCAAUGGAGCCAGAACAUGAUAUAAAUGAUGUCUGCCUUUAUCCAAAUUCAGGAAUGCUGAUGACUGCCAAUGAAGCCCCUAAAAUGAAUAUCUAUUAUAUACCAGUUUUAGGACCUGCCCCAAAAUGGUGUUCCUUCUUGGACAACUUGACUGAAGAAUUGGAAGAGAAUCCAGAAAGCACUGUUUAUGAUGACUACAAAUUUGUUACCAGAAAAGACCUUGAAAAUUUAGGCCUUGCUCAUCUCAUUGGAUCAUCAUUACUCAGAGCAUAUAUGCAUGGCUUCUUCAUGGACAUUAGACUUUAUCAUAAGGCAAAAAUGAUGGCCAAUCCCUUUGCCUAUGAAGAAUAUAGAAGAGAAAAAAUAAGGCAGAAGAUAGAAGAAACACGUGCACAGAGAGUUCAACUGAAGAAACUCCCAAAAGUUAAUAAAGAACUUGCACUCAAACUGAUUGAAGAAGAAGGAGAAGAGCAACAGUUUAGUAAAAAAAGAAAACAAAAGAAUAUGCCCAGCCUCCUCAAAGAUGAUCGUUUUAAGGUCAUGUUUGAGAAUCCAGAUUUUCAGGUGGAUGAGCAGAGUGAAGAAUUUAGGCUACUUAACCCACUUGUUUCUAAAAUAAGUGAGAAAAGAAAGAGGAAGCUAAAGAUCUUAGAAGAGCUGGAAGCUCAAGGACCGGAAGAGGAGGAAGAACCAGAAGGAAAAGCAAGUGAUGCAGAAAGUUCUGAGAGUUCAGAUGAUGAAAAAGGCUGGGUUGAAGAGGUCAGGAAACAGCGCAAGCUUUUACGCCAAGAGGAAAAACUCAAGCGGCAGGAAAGGCUCAAGGAGGAUCAGCAAACAUCACUAAAACCUCAGUUUUUUGAGAUUAAAGAAGGGGAGGAAUUCAGAAGCUUCAAAGACUCUGCCAAAAAACAGAAAUUAAUGAAGAAAACUCUUGAAGAUCGUUUAAAGCUUGAAGAAAAACUUGGCACACUCAAUGUGUCUGAUACCACAGUAGGCAGCAAACAGGCGACAUUCAAAUUGAAGAAGUCAGAGCAGCAAAGGAAACAGCAGGAAGCUGAGAAACGACAUCGUCAAGAGAGGAAAACUCUUCGGCGCUCUGCCAGUCAUCUCAAGAGCAGACGUGGAAGAGGACAACUAUUUCAUUGAUUUAUGUUAUUUUUUUAAGAAACUUUUAACCUCAUUUUUCAUUUGAAAAGGGACUUUUUCAAAUUGGGACAAAGUACCAAUGGAUUUGUAUUUUGAUUCAUUGGUGAACACAAGACCAGAACUUCCUAAACCUUGUGUUAAAUAAUGAAAAUUUUGUGAAAGUUGAAGUACUGACCAAAGGACACUAUGAAUAUGGUCCAUUGUGAACUCUGUUUGUUCAGAAAUCACCAGCAACUGGUUAUUGUGUAACCCUGGAUAUUUUCUGUAUAAGAAUUUAUGUAUACAACGAGGCUGCCUGUCUUUUAUUUAAGAGCGGUGAGUUUCAGUUUCUGAAAUCUUUGUGACUGCUUAGAUAAAAGAUCAAGGGAAUCAGUAUUUAUCCUGAAUUACAAUUCCUAGAAACUGCUGGGAUGCUUUGUGACAUUUAAGACUCGUACUCUUAAGGUUUGAAAAUGGGGAAUAUAAUUUAAUUCCAGGAAGAAAGAACUGUAUUUCAGAUGCAGGAAUACAGUGAAGCAAGUACAGCUUCUUGCCUGGGUUGUGCAAUGUCCACGAAAAGACUUGUGAUGUUGGAUUAACAUCUGCAGGUAUAGAUGUCUGUGUACCAUCAAGAGUAGUGGAGCCUUCCCUGAGGAAGAGGAAUGGUUUAAUGAACUUUAGAGGAUUUCUCCAGCCUGAUUACUCUAUGACUGUUGUAGGGCAUAAGGAGGAAACGUCUGUCAUUAAUUGACUGGAGUAAUUUUCCCCCUUUGUCUCAUUCUUCCACUGAAUCACUCACUCGUUUUAUCUUUUUAUCUCUUUCUUAAAGAUUAAGUACUUCUUUUGGCAUAUGUCCAUAGCUAAUAUAUUUUGUCUGAUCUUGAGAAGUAUGGGGAUUUAAAACUGAAUGAAAACACAUAAAUCUAUUAAUAAAUUUUACCUCUUGAUCAUUA